AUGGUAUUAAGAAAAUCAACAAUCCAUCGAUAUAAAAUUGAAAGACUUGCAUAUUUAUUUAUGGAAAGUGAAGCAUUUCCACCCACAAAUAAGAAUUCAUUUAAAAAGUUAUUUAUAAGAAUUGUAGAACAAAUACUUCAUGAAGUUAUUAAUAAAAAUGAUGAAAUUAAAGAGAAAUUAUUAAUUGGGACGAUUAUUCAGACGUUUUCAAGAUAUUCAACCAAAUCAAUGUGGAAACGGUUUUCCAUAAAAAAAUUUGGAAGUACGUAUACUGGACUUGAAUUAAGAAAUUGUUUUUUAGCGUGUUAUAGAAGACUAUUAAAUUUAAGAGUUUCAUCAACAAUUAUUGAUCAAAUUAUAAAACUUCUUCAUUCAUUUAGAAAUAAUUGUUGUCAACAAUUUCUUACAUUAAAUAAAAAUGAAUUUCAUCCAUUUUUCUUAACAGAAAAAUAUACAAUUUCAUAUAUUAGUUAUCUUUAUAAAAAUCAUCAAUAUUUUAACAUUAUUCAAAAAGCAAAUGCUUUUCCUGAAGUAGAAAUUUUAAAUGCUAGUUGUUAUUUUAACGGUUAUUUGGCAAAAGCUGCUUAUCAAUAUUUUCUUAAAGAUCCUCAAAAAAAUAGUAGUUAUGUUGAUCUUUCUAUUAAUUAUUUCAUUAAAGCUAUUUCUUCUUCAGGAGGUUCUCCUUAUUAUAUCUUUCAAUUUAUUUCUUUUCUUAGAAAUGAAGGUGAAGAAGAUACUAUUAUUGAAGAAUAUCAAAAAGCUCUUGAUAAAAAAAAUUUUAGGUUAAUGUUAUUAGCUUUAAUUGAACAUGAACCAAAUAAAAAUGAUAUUAUUCAUGAUAUGUCUUCUUUUAUGGAAAAUUAUCUUUCUCAAUAUCCUUAUGAUCAUAUUGGUAAAAAAGUAAUAAAAUCUGAUUAUAUACCAUCAUCCUACUCUCUUACUCUUCAAGUCUUUGUUUCGAGGUUUGAAUUUCCUUAUUCAGAAGAUGAAUAUUAUGAAUUAUGGUGUGAUUUUAAGAUUUAUCUUGAAAAUAAUCAAAUCCCAGACAUAUCAUCAAUUUAUCCUUUCUCUAAUCAUAUCUGGAAAAGAAGACAUUUCCCUUUAUUUUCUCAUAUUGUUAAAACAAUGGACCUUCGAUUAAUUGAAAUAAAAAAAGUUGUCUUUAAAUUAUUAUAUAACACUGAAUGGAAAUACAAUUAA